AUGCAUAGAACAUAUUCAUUAAGAUCACAAAAAGCACCAACUGCUUCUCAAAUACAAAGUCCACCACCUCCACCAUCAUCAACCAAAUCCAAAUUCUUUGGUAAAGGUGGUAUUGCUUCAACUUUCAGAAAAACUGUUGCUGGUUCAACUGGUCCAGAAUUAUCAAGAAAGUUAAGUCAAUACAUUAAGAUGGAAAAAAAUGUUAUGAGAGCUUUAGAAUUGACUGCUAGAGAAAGAAGAGAUGUUGCUAAACAAUUAUCUGCUUGGGGUGAAGAAAAUGAUGAUGAUGUUUCUGACGUUACUGAUAAAUUAGGUGUUUUAAUCUAUGAAAUUGGUGAAUUAGAAGAUCAAUACAUUGAUAAAUACGAUCAAUACAGAAUCACUUUAAAAACCAUCAGAAACAUUGAAGGUUCAGUUCAACCAUCAAGAGACAGAAAACAAAAAAUUACUGAUGAAAUUGCUCAUUUAAAAUAUAAGGAUCCUCAAAGUCCAAAAAUUUCUGUUUUAGAACAAGAAUUAGUUAGAGCUGAAGCUGAAAGUUUAGUUGCUGAAGCCCAAUUAUCUAACAUUACCAGAGAACAAUUAAAAGCUGCUUUCAACUAUCAAUUCGAUGCUACCAGAGAAUUAGCUGAAAAAUACGCUUUAAUUGCUGGUUACGGUAAAGCUUUAUUAGAAUUAUUAGAUGAUUCUGCUGUUACUCCAGGUGAAACCAGACCAGCUUAUGAUGGAUAUGAAGCUUCUAAACAAAUUAUUAUUGAUGCUGAAAAUGCUUUAGCUUCAUGGACUUUAGAUGCUGCUGCCGUCAAACCAACUUUAUCUUUACACCAAUCUGAAUAUGAUGAAGAACCAGAAGAAGGUCAAUUAGCUGAAGCUGAAGAAGAAUUCGCUAAACACGAUAAAUAA